AUGUCUAGCCAUNGCGGUGGUGGGGGCGGUGGGUCCUCUAAGCUCUCCGGCCGGGCGUCGGGGGGCGGCGGUGGGCGCCGCCUCGUCCGCACGCCCUCCAGUGGCGCCAGCGCCCUCAGACCUGGAGCAGGCAGCGUGCUGCUGGGGGGCAGCAGCAGUGCUGCGGUGCUGCCGGUGCAGUACGUCCCCGAGGACCUGGUGUCCCAGGCGCAGGUCGUCCUGCAGGGUGCAGGGCUUGUUGAGUGCGAGUCUGGCCGCAGCAGCAGCAGCAGCAGUCGGGGCGGCGGCAGGUCCACCACCAGCGCUGCUGACGGCGGCGGCGGUGGGGGGGCGGCGCCCCCCUCGCACCCCUCCGUCGUGCAGAUGCCGGGGCCCCAACACCACCAGGGGGGUCGGGACCGCGGCGGGAGCUCUGCCAGCGGCGGUGGCGGCGGCGGGGAGAUGCGGUGGCGGGACCGCCACUACUCCGGGCCCCGCAAGUGGCUGAGCAGCGCCCUCAUGAGCGUCAGGGUGGCCCACCACCACACCAGUGGGCCCCACCACCACCCCACCGCCCCCGACCAGCAAGAGCCGCGCAGCAAGAAGGGGGCGGUGGCCCCCGAGGCGGUGGACGUGGCCGACCACCUACAGAUGUGGCCCGGCGACCGCCACCGCGACAAGUCCCCACCCAGGUUCACGCACAUCGCGGCGCUGCACUCUGAGCUGGUGGCGGUGUCGGCGGCGGGACACCUGCACCAGUGGCGGUGGGGGGACCAGGCCCCCUACACCUCGGAGGUGCCCCACGUGCACCACCCCAAGACCGAGCGGCUGGGGCUGGUGGGGGAGCGGGUGGUGGGGCUGUCCGCCGCCCUCGUCCGCUGCUCCGUCAUCACCGCCACCGGCAAGACCGCCACCUUCGUCGAUGAGGCCCUUGGGGACCUUGGGGCCCGGGUGCUGGACCAGCCCGCCACUGCGCCCCCCGAGGUGUGCGGACAGCCGGAGUGGCCUCUCACGGUGCACACGUGCCCUCUGUACAGCUGCGUCAGGAUGGCCUCAGGGGCCGUGUACUGGUGGGGCGUCAUGCCCUUCCUGGCCCGGGACAAGCUCCUGCACCGGCACCGCACCCGUGCCUCCAAGUACCGCCACACCAUCACCCCGGGGGUCAUGGUGUGCAUGAGAUCGUCGCCGCUGUACCAGGCGGGCAGCGUGGGCUUCUGCAUCUCCGGGGGCGUGCCCAAGGUGGGGCAGCUGGCCUCCCCCGCCUGGAGCCUCUCCGACACUUGCAGCAGCGCCCCCCCCUGUCUGCCCGAGGCGCCGCCCUGCAAGCUGCGCAAGCUGUCCAGCGGGGGCACCAGCCCCUCCCCCGCCACCCCCGCCCCCCCCGCCGCUGCCGGGGGCGGUGCCACGGGUACGAGUGGCGGGGGGACGGCGGCCGCCAGCUCCAGUGGCGGCGGUGGCGGGGUGGUGGGAGAUGAGAGUGAUAAGCUGGACAUGCCGCCCCCGCCGUCUCCCGCCUCCAGCACCUGCUCUGAUAGUGGGUCCAUCGGGUCCCCCGCGACGUACAAGCGCAGCGUGAAGCGGUCCGCCCCCCGCGGGGACUCUGCGGACCGCCUGCUGGGGGAGGAGGAGGACUGGCUCCUCAGGGACGUGGUCUUCCUCGAGGACACCCGUCCCCAGCCCCUGGGGGAGGUGGUUGCCGUCGACGGGGACCAGGUGGUGAUCCUGCCCUACGCCAAGGACGGUACCCCCAGCAAGGCGCCCCCCGCAUGCCCCUCCCCCGCGGGCUGCCCCCCCGUGCCCCCCAACCUGCGGGUCAUCCACCGGGACCAGCUGUCUGUGGUGCGGGGGGCGCCCCUCCCCCCUGGGGGGGCUCAUCCCCCAUCUACUGCCGGCGGGGGCACCAGCCGAGUCCCCGACUGCUACCAGCGGACCCCGCGACGCGUGCCGCUUCCCGAGACGGACGCGGCGCUACUGGCCAUCGCGGUGGACAACAGAGGUAUCCACGCCCUGGUGCAGGGAGCCGCGGGAGGCCCCGUGACAUACGUGGUGUACAGCCUGUGUAACGGGAAGGUGCUACAGGAGUACGCGCUCCCCACGCCCCCCGCGGCCUUCCUCGCCCACGCCCCCCACAACGUCCAGAUCGCUGUCACGGGGGAGAGCGAGGGCGUCUGCAUCGUCCUGGACGGCAACUCGACCAUCUACCCCAUCAACAGGGACGGCGACCGCCCACAGCCCCCCACUGGCGGGCGGGUGAGUCGUCCCCCACUGGCGGGUGAGUCGUCCACCACUGGCAGGACCGGUCCGCCCCUGCUGAGGGAGCCUACAUGGCCGGACCUGCCGCCUCUGACGGCGGUGGCGGCGUCCCAACAUUUUCUGCACGCCGCCGCCGCCACGCAGAAGAACACCGUCGCCCUCCUCGUCCUCUGCGCCGCCCGCCCCGCCCUCCUCACGCCCGUCCUCGCCCUCGACCUGCCGUCCCUCACUGCCGCCCUCGAGUCCCUCAGAGACGCUGACGUGGAGGCGGUGCUGUCUGAGCGGUGCGACGGUAACCGCAACGUGCUGCACGCCUGCGUCAGCACCUGCUGCCCUACGGAGAGUCAGGACCCCGACCCUGACCCCUGCCCCGACCCUAAGGACCCUUUCUUGAACCUGGUCAACUGGCCGCCGUCCUCUGGUGGCGGCCCGCCGUCCAAUAGUGGCGGCCCGCCGUCCAAUAGUAGCGGUCCGACCCCAGAUGAGACCUCCGAUCCCGCCGCUCAACAGACUCGUCCGGCGGUGUCGGGCGCCGCCGCUGACGCGGCGGCGGUGGACAGGCGGACGGUCUCGUUGGCCAUCCUGCGGACCAUCUGCUACAGUUGGCGGUUCUCUGGCCACCAGCUCCGGCAGCUACUGGCGGCCACUGAUUCUAAUGGACAGACGCCAUUUAUGGCCGCCGUGGCCGGCCGCGCGUAUCGGGCCGCGCUUGUCCUCCUCGAUGUCGUCCAGCGGACCGCCAGGAUGGACGCUUUGGACGACGAGGGAUACAAGAGGGCGGUGGACGCCAUGAUCUUCCCCCCGGACUCGCUGUGCUGCUGUACGGAGUGUGCCAGAGUGUGCCACAACUUUAUACUGUGCCACAGACUCGCUGUGCUGCUGUACGGAGUGUGCCAGAGUGUGCCACAACUUUAUACUAUGUGUAUAAGAGACAGGUCUAGUGCCAUCAGGACGGGCCAUCAGGCAUCUAGGUUCUCCCUCCUCCGCCGCCUGGUGCAGGAGACGUCCCUCAUCACGCAGGUGAACGGGCGGGGGGAGCACCUGCUGCUGUUCCUGCUGCAGACGGUGCGCCGCCAGGGGCGCGAGCAGCGGCAGUGGGGCGACGCCAGGGGCGCCAACUCCCGCAAGACGGCGUCCGCCGUCGCCGCCGCCGCCCUUAAGGAGGAGGCCGCCGCUGCAGGGUCUGAGGUGCCAGACCACCACCUGGAGCCCCCCAAGUUCAGCAGGCGCGCCCUGGAGCAUCUGCUGCAGGACUGGCGCGCCGUGGAGGCCCUCAUCAUGACGGGGUACCGCGAGGGCCCCACUCCUGGUGGGGAUGAGGGGGACGACGAGGUGGGCUACAUGCGCCACCAGGGCCACACCGCCCACCUCGACAAGUUCACCCACUGCCUCCUGGUCAAGCUCGCUGAGCAGGUGGGUGAGGGUGACCCACAUGGGUGGGUGAGGGUGACCCACGUGGGUGAGGGUCUGGGGGAAGGCACCCACUGCCUCCUGGUCAAGCUUGCUGAGCAGGUGGUGGAGACAAUGGACGAGCUGGAGACAGUGCUGUUCGCUGACGAGCAUCUCGAGCGGCGGGCCGGUGCCAGCGGCGGGAGCGGCGGCGCCCCCGCCAGGAACAUUGCGCCCCAGAGCCUCCAAUGGGCCCUCAGGCGCCGCCUGUGCGUGACGGAGGGCGGCGGUGGCGGGACAGCGGCGGGUCGGCGGGACGCGCUGUCGUACGUGCUGUCCCUACUGCGGGCCAACGGCAACGAGCACCGGGACAACCUGCCUGAGAUGGACGUGGCCGCCCUCAAGCAUGUCGGUGGGUCGUGGGUCCAUGUGGGUCAUGGGUCCAUGUGGGUCAUGGGUCCAUGUGGGUCAUGGGUCCAUGUGGGUCAUGGUCCAUGUGGGUCAUGGGUCCAUGUGGGUCAUGGGUCCAUGUGGGUCAUGGGUCCAUGUGGGUCAUGGGUCCAUGUGGGUCAUGGGUCCAUGUGGGUCAUGGGUCCAUGCAGGGAGUCAGGUCUGGGUGGCUGUGAGGCAGACUCCGCCACUCACUCCCUCUUCCUCACCACCCCUCACCCCACUCCCCCACCACCCCUCACCCCACUCCCCCACCAGGUGGCCCGCCGCUUCAUGGCGUCGGUGGUGCGGGUGUUCGUGGUCCUGCACGCCGAGACCUCCCCCAGCGCCGGGGGGAAGAAGAAGCUCCCCACCUCCCACCCACUCGCCAAGUGUGCCAAGGUGUUCUCGAGGCUCCUCCCCCUGGGGGUGUGGGAGCUGGCCUCCGCGGCGGCCGCCGUCCUCCUCCCCGUGCGCCUCAACUGCGUCAAGCCCACCGCCGUCUUCCCCACCUCCCCAGCCCACCUGGACCACUGGCACACCGCCGAGGACCUCUUCCAGGUGGAAGCCCUGGUACGGCCCCCCCAGCGCCCCCCCAGCAGCAGCUCGCCUGCAGCAGCUGCAGCGUCUGCAGCAGCUGACCGCUCGUCUGCAGCAGCUGCAGGCAGCAGCAGCAGCAGCAGACCUGCAGCGUCUGCAGCUGCAGGCGGCAGGCGGAGGGCGGCGCGCAACAGCAACACAGACAACGAUGACAGUGAACACGAAGGAGGCGCUGAUGGGGGCGGAGGGCCCCCCGCGGACGGUGGGGGUGACGCAGGGGGUGCGGGAGGCGACAGUGACAUCGAGAUGCUCGAGACUGAUAGUGAUAGUGAUGAUAACAUCGAGCGUGGCGGCGGCGGGGACCAGCAGCAGCAGGCGGCGGCCGACGCCCACCACCACGACGUGCGCGAUGAUGACGAUGAUAGUGCAGAGUCCAGCCCUGGGGAGGACGAGGAGGAUGAUAGUGAGGUCCUGGGUCUUGCCUUAGGUCCUGGGAGCUUGCGGGGCAGCGGCCCCGGUUCCUCCUUGGGAGGCUCGGGCCCCAGCAGCGGGGGUGCGAGUGGUGGCCCCACGGCCCCCGCGGGGCUCAUCUACAUCGACCCCACGUCCCUACGACGCCCCUCCCCAGCCUCGUCGUCGUCAGCAGCUGCAGCAGCCGCGCUGUCAGCUGCAGCAGCGGCUGACAGCGUCAGCAUCGCUGCCAGCAACCACACGCUCGCCCGCACCUUCACCAUCCUGACGCGGACGCUGGCGCAGCUGCUCACGCAGGCGCUGACGGGGGCGCGCUCGCCCCCCCAGGCGGGGGAGGCGGGGGGUGAGGUGCAGCUGACACUGCCAGGAGUAAGUCAGCUGCUGCAGCAGGUGGACAGUCAGCUGCAGCCCGCCUGGGACUGGCUGCUGUCCCUCAUGGACACCACGGAGGCCCAGCUCAGGUUUGGCCGCCAGCUCAGUCAGGCCAUCGAGGCCGCCGCCCCCGCCACCACCACCACCGCCGCCGCCGCCGCUGCUGCUUCGGUCCUCCCCAGCAGGCACCCAUUACCCCCCUCACUUCCCCCACAGCAGCGCCCCCAGCAGCAGCAGCGGGGGAGGGGCCCGGGCCCGUGGGUCCAGCAGGAGCCUCUCCUUCAUAGGCGCCUCGGUCACCUCAGCCCUGUCCCGGUGGGUCCGGGGGACACGGUGGGUCUGGGGGACCCGGUGGGUCCGGGGGCUGUGGGGAUGGGGGACCCGACGUACCACACAGCAUAUGUUUUCGACGCCCUCAUGAGCUACGUCCGCUGCUGCGACGUGGACGCCUCGUCGUCUUCGUCGCCGCCGUCGUCCGCCGCUCCCCGCACUGCGCCGCCCGCCUCGGCCACCUCUCCCCCCUCCUCCUCCCCCGCCACCCCCUCCAACAUCAACCCUCCCACCGCCGCCGCCCCCCACGUCCCCAACGACCCCAUCGCUCCCUGGGACCGGGACGACGAGGAUGACGAUAUGCUGAGUGAUGACGUCCCCACCAACAUCCUCCAGCCGCCGCCCCCGCCGCCUGUCUCUUCUUCUCCCGACAUGGGACCUACAGGAUUAGGGCCAUCUGGGUCCGCUGGGAUGGGACCAUCUGGGUCAUCUGGGAUGGGACCGUCUGGGUCCGCUGGGAUGGGACCCUCUGGGCCUGCUGGGUUGGGACAGUCUCCAGGAUUGGUACUUCAAAUGGACCCGUUCGCGGGACUCCCUUUCUGCUCGGGCCACAGGAUGAACCCCGUGGCGUCGGGACUGCACCGGGCGGGGACGGCGUCCAUGUUCCCCGCCAUGGAGACGGAGACCCGGGACUUGUCGUCCCCAGUUGAGGCGGCCGCCCUCGUGGACGAGAUGGCCGCCGCCCGCCGCCACGUCUUCUUCCAGCGGAGCCCCUCGACCCUGUGCCUGGGGUCGGGCCCCCCCGACGUGUUCGCCACCCCCCUCCCCGAGGCGCUCCCCCUGGCCGACCGCCCCCACCUCCUGCAGCCCACCGCCCGCGGGGAGGACCUGUGGGGCACCCACCGCCCCUACACCCGCAACACGGGUGAGGGGACCAACCUGCCCCUCAGUCGACCCCUCGGGCCCCUCGGGAUGGGCCAGAACCUCGUCAGGUCCUCAGAAGUCCUCGGCCCAGCGAGCUAUUCUAACCCCUUGGGUAGUCCCCUCGACAUGGAGGGAAAUGAAUCUUCUUUUAACCCCUCCCGACCCCUGGACCCUAAUUUCAACCCCUCACGACCCCUGGACCCUAAUUUCAACCCCUCCCGACCCCUGGACCAUAGCUUCCCCUCCGCCCGAUCUUCAGACUUCAAUUUUAACCAGACCCCGAGGGGCUAUAACCCUGAAGCUGACCUGCUAGACCUCCUGCAUAUACUAGACACAGGCUGCGUCAUCACCAACCCCACCGCCAACCCCAACCCCACCACCGCCACCACCGCCGCCGAAUAUCUCGUAGACCUCAGCGUCGGCAGAAGCAGGGACGCGUCGUCGUCGGCCGCCCUUAGGGCGCCCAUAAUCGUCACCCCCCGACGGGUGAGCGUGACCACCGGCCUCCCCCAGCCCCCCUCCUCCUCCCCAUCACCCUACUACCCCCCCUCAUCAUCUGGGGGUGAUAACCCCCACCCCUCCCCCCAGGACCCCCUCGUCAAAUCAGUGAUCGUCAGAGUAGGGGGCAGCACCACCCCCUCACAAACCCCCACCACUCCCCCACUCUCCGUACCCUAUAACCCCCCACCUCCGUCGGAGAACCCGAGUGAGCCCGUGAUCCAGCCCGGACCCGUGAUCCAGCCCGGGCUGGUCCGCCGUGGGGUCCGGCAGGAGCUGCUGCUGGGGCGCUGGAGGUUCACGCUGGAGCUCUUCGGGCGGGUCUUCAUCGAGGACGUGGGCCAGGAGCCCGGGUCCGUUAUCGUCCAGCUGGGGGGCUUCCCUGUGAAGGAGGCCCGCUUCAGGCGGGACAUGGAGAAGAUACGCAACAACCAGCAGCGGGACCUGUCCCUCUCCAAGAUGGAGCGCGACCGCUGUGCCCUCAUCUGCCAGACGUUCAAGGAGUUCAACUCCCACUACAGCGGCGCCCACAGUGGCACCCACCGGCGCCCCCAGCACCCCCAGACGAACCCCCCGCUGGCGGUCAACAGGGUCAAGGUCACGUUCAAGGACGAGCCCGGCGAGGGGUCAGGGGUCGCCCGCAGCUUCUACACGGCCUUGGCAGAGGCCCUCUUGUCAGCCCAGCCCUUGCCAGCCCUUGACACCUGCCAAGUGGCGUCGGACUUGGCCCCACUGAGGCGCCCUUUGUGUCCUCAGGACCUGGCCUCAGUGCGGUACUCAAUGUACGGCCACUACAAAGGGCGUCGCAGCGGCAGCAAUGCUAGCAGCGCCUCCCUCAGCAGCAGCAGACUGCUGAGGGCGCUCCCUAAGAAGACCCUGAGCGUGGACGCCAGACCCUACAGCCCUGACCAGCCAGGGUCUGCAGAUCACCUGCCGCCCAACGUGCAGCAGCUCGCCCAGACCCUCUACCCUAAAGUGCAGGCGCUCAGACCCGCCCUCGCGGGGAAAGUCACGGGGAUGCUGCUGGAGCUGAGCCCUGCGCAGCUGUUGCUCCUCAGCGCCUCAGACGAGGCCCUCAGGAACAGAGUAGAUGAGGCCAUCGAUCUACUUCUACCGAGCCCGCGCCUCGACAACGAUAUGGACGACGCCAGCGACGACGUGGGCGACGACUCGAGCCCCGCCCCUGGUGGGGGGCUGGGCGCCCCCCCCAGCAGCGCCCCCCUCUUCUACCAGCCCGGCAUGCGGGGGUAUUACUCCCCCCGCCAGGCGCCCCCCACCCUUUAGUUAUUUUGCCCCCUCCACCCCCUUGUGGUCCCUGAACCGCUUUUGUGUCCCAGGAACGUGGGACGUCUGCUGGGACUGUGCCUGCUGCAGAACGAGCUGUGUCCCAUCUCCCUGAACCGGCACGUGCUCAAGUUCAUCCUGGGCCACGAACCGCGGUUCCACGACCUCGCCUUCUUCGAUGGUUCGCUGUACGAGUCUCUGCGUCAGCUGGUCCAGCUCACCGUGCUGGAUGCUGACAGCCCCAAGCUGACUACGCUGAGUCAGGACUUUGCCAGCAUGGGGCUGACCUUCUGCAUCGACCAGGGAGCGGAGGAAGGGGGCGGCAGCGUGGAGCUGGUCCCCGGGGGGCGCCACAUCCCCGUCACCCCCAGCAACGUCUGCGAGUACGUCCAGCUGUACGCCUCCUACAGGAUGCACGGUGCACAGCUCAGGGCGCUGCAGAGCUUGCGUGACGGGGUACUGGACGUGCUGCCCCCAAGUACCCUGGAGGGGCUGACGCCGGAGGACCUGCGGCUGCUGCUGAACGGCGUGGGGGAGAUCAACGUGACGACCCUCAUCUGGUACACGUCCUUCAACGACGAGAGCGCCGAGAGCAGCGACAGGCUUAACAGGUUCAAGCGAUGGCUGUGGACCAUCGUAGAGAAGAUGACCACUCAGGAGAAGCAAGACUUGGUCUACUUCUGGACAGGGUCUCCAGCCCUGCCCGCCUCGGAGGAGGGCUUCCAGCCCCUGCCCUCCGUCACCAUCAGACCCGCGGACGACACCCACCUCCCCACCGCCAACACCUGCAUCAGCAGGCUCUACAUUCCCCUCUACUCCUCCAGGAGUAUCCUCAACACUAAGCUCCUGCUCGCCAUUAAGACUAAAAACUUCGGAUUUGUUUAGGGUUUAGGGGAGGCGUCUUGUCGGGAGGCGUCUUGUGGGGAGCGUGUCCCUGGGGAGGACCUGUAUCUGGAGGCCACGUGUCCCUGGGGAGGACCUGUAUCUGGAGGCCACGUGUCCCUGGGGAGGACCUGUAUCUGGAGGCCGCGUGUCCCUGGGGACAGCAUGCCUUUGUGGGACAAUAUACUUGUAAGGACAUCCCGACGUCCCAGCAUUUGUCCCAGGCGUCCACCGCUCCUCAGGCCGCUUGUCCCGGCGUCCCAGCAUUUGUCCCAGCGUCCACCGCUCCUCAGGCCGCUUGUCCCGGCGUCCCAGCAUUUGUCCCAGGCGUCCACCGCUCCUCAGGCCGCUUGUCCCGGCGUCCCAGCAUUUGUCCCAGGCGUCCCAGUCCACUGAAGUCCUCUUGUGUUGUAAUGUCGUGUGUGGCGGGCGCUGGACACUCGAAAUUAAGGCCCUCAUUUGUGCAGGAAAAUUGAAAUUAUCUUUUAACAUCGUUGAUCUUGCGAUUUGCUGGCUGUAUUCAUGAUUCUGUCUUGAGCGAAUUGCUGUGUAACUAAGUUAUUAAUUAAUAUAUCAGGUGUUCAACGCAGUCAACAUGUAUGAUUAUUAUUGUUUUGGUUUGAUAAACAUGGCGCCUCUGGACUUGUGAACUUCUGGCGACUUUCAGGGGACUGGGAUUUAUAUACAUUUAUUGCCUGUAAAAAGGGAUAUGCUGUCAUAUUCUCUAUAUUAUUGCAUUAAAUACUUACGAAACAUUGUGAAGAUGAACUAAAUAUUGUAAAACUGAACUGAACAUUGUACAACUGAACUAAUAUUGUGCAACUGAACGAAACAUUGUACAACUGAAGGAAAUAUUGUACAACUGAACGAAACAUGAUACAACUGAACUAAACAUUGUACAACUGAACUAAACAUUGUGCAACUGAACCAAACAUUCUGCAACUGAACCAAACAUUGUACAACUGAACUAAACAUUGUGAAACUGGACGUAACUGUAAAACUGAACGAAACAUUACGGACCCAUGACUCAUCAACCUGUUCCAUGACGCGCUGUUCUACGCGUCAAUGUGACUCAUCUUUUGUUGCUACGUGGGUCAUAAUGACUCAUUUCUGACAUGACCCAUGUUCAGGGUGAAUAUAUAUCAUGACAACGAACGUGUACGUAAUAUUCACGUUACAUGGUCGCUUGUAUUAAGCUUGUAUAAAUGUGUUGUUUGAUUUAGUUAAGUCGAGGCUUCAUUCACUGUAUGAAUUACAAUACAUUUCUUGUAUUAAAAUGACCAUGAUAA